AUGUCGUGGUACAGCAAGCGAUCCUCGCAAUGGUGGCAAGAGACCUCUGGUACCGCAGAGUGGCGGGAAAAGGGAUCCGCCGAUGCUUGGGCAGACCAGAAAGGUUCGGCAUGGACUGGACGAAGGAAAGAUGACUGGAAAGGUCUGGGAGACCCCCAGUCGAAGAGCAAAGGUGACUGGAAAGGCUCGGGGCCUGAGUGGUCCAAGGCCGGUGAAUGGCGGGGAGAUUCCAGGUAUGGCCGGGGCGAGUGGAGAAGCCAUGACACCUGGAAGUCCAAGGAUUGGAAGGCUGAGAAGGCCGACCGCACGGGGCAGCGGCAUCAGUGGGUGGCCAAAAGUGAGAAGCCCCCACCUGAAUCGAUCAAUCCAUCUCGACCACAUGUUGAUCCAGCCAUGGAGUUGGAGGGUGCCCUGGUAGAGGUGGAGGAGCUGCUGGGUGAGAGGUUGGAAUCCACUCGAGAGUUGCUAGAACACAGUCACCGAAGUUCCAGGGAGGCUGUGGAGCGCAUGACCUAUGCCCUCGAGCUCUUGACGAAAUUGACUCAAAAUUGCAAGGUCCAAGAGGAUCUCAACAAUGUGAUGCGGGCCAAGGAUGCCUUGCGUGAGAUGUUGAUGUGGCGAAACUUUGGAUCCAAGAUGUGGCUCCACAACAAGCCAGACCCAGCGAACUUCAACAGGUACGAUGCAGCGGUCCAGGAUGAUUUGAGGCAGACUUGGACCAAGAUCGAACAGAAGCUCAUGCAGGAGUUGAUCGCAGGAGAUUCCUGGGGAAAGCUGGCCAGGAAGCUGAGGUUUUGUGUGGCCAAUCAGGACUUCUCAGGGGAGCAUGGAGCGUGA